AUGAGCGUGCGAGUCGUGGCUCGCGUACGCCCGCUGCUCAAGAACGAGAUCGAGAAGGAUGUCAUCGUCACCGCGUCGAGUGCGCCAGGCGACAAGGCCGACAGCAAGAGCAUAGUCCGGAUACCCAACCCCAAGAAGGAGUCGGAGCUGUACAGCUUUCACUUCAGCAGCGUCUACGACCAGACGGCAACUCAGGCAGACAUCUUCGACAACGAGAUCUCACCGACAGUCAAGCACCUGUUCAAGGGCUUCGAUGUCACCCUUUUCGCGUAUGGCGUUACAGGCACGGGCAAGACGCACACAAUGCGUGGUGGCAAGGCUAUGGCAGACCGAGGUGCAAUACCGCGUCUGCUCUCUAGCAUAUACAGGAGAGCGCGAAAGCUGGAGAAGGACACAUCUGGCGAGACGCAGGUGGAAGUCGCCAUGAGCUACUACGAGAUCUACAACGACCGCGUGUUCGACCUUUUCGAGCCUCCAGACAAGCGGACACCCGCCGGUCUGCCUAUUCGCGACAACCAAAGCGGCAAGGCGGUAGUCGUGGGACUCACCGAGAGACCAUGCACGUCGCUGAAGGAGUUUGAGCAGCUCUACGACCAGGCCAACGUCAAUCGAUCGACCUCGGCCACCAAGCUCAACGCACACUCGUCCCGAUCACACGCGGUACUUUGCGUCAAAAUCACGCAGACGAUCGGAGAGGAAGUACGUGUUGGCACCGCCUCGGCUAUUGAUCUGGCUGGCUCCGAGGACAACCGACGAACGGACAAUAACAAAGACCGCCUCGUGGAAAGCUCGGCCAUCAACAAGUCACUUUUCGUGUUGGCUUCAUGUGUUGAGGCGAUCUCGAAGAAGCAAACGCGUGUGCCAUAUCGAGAAUCGAAGAUGACGCGAAUCCUGGCACUUGGACAGAACAAUGGCCUGACAGUGAUGAUCCUGAAUCUAGCACCGGUACGAAGCUACCAACUGGAUACCCUCAGCAGUCUGAACUUUGCGAACCGCACCAAGAAGAUCGAGGUCAACGAGAUUGAGAACCAGUCGUUCUUCCGCGAUCCGCCGGCCGGAAAGAGCAAGCUCGAGGGUGGUAAGGAGGCCAGUGCGGCUGUACCCUCCAUGAACCGACAACCUUUGCGACCGAAGAUCCUAUCGCACAGCAGUCACCUGCAAGACGUGCCGAACGUGCCGAAGCCUGCAAAGAGCUUUGCAGUGUUCUCAGACAAGCCGAAAGCCGCACCCAGGCCAUCACCUAUCGCAAACACAGCCCAGGCAAGACAGUCACGAGCGGAAGUGACUGCUAUCAAGUCGCCUAAGAGGAUGGCAAGCAGAGAAGCUUUCGGCAGGCCAGCGAAGGCUGCCAAGAAAAGCGAGGUGGAAGCUGGCAUGUCGCAGGAUGCCAUCGAGGCCUUGAUCGAGCGCAAAGUGACUGAAGCGCUUGCAGGCAGGAUAGAUCAGACAGCAGUGGCGGCAGAUCCGAUCUCGGAUGAGGUACAGAAACGACUCGAUGCAUUGGAGAAGCGCGUGGAAGGUCAGGAAACUGAACGGGCCGAAGGGCUACAGUACUUGCUCAUGGCGAAGCAACACCAGGUUCGAGGCGAGGACGUCAGUGCUUUGAAGAUGUACCAGCUGGCGCUACCACACUUUCCAGGCAACGAGAAGCUCGUUCGCAAGAUGUCGGCUCUCCAGGACAAGAUCGAUGCACAGAAGGCAGCAAAGCACGCCCGUGCCGCUGUGUACGAAGAUCAACCGGAGCCCGUAGAAAGGACCGCACGCCGAAAACAGAGGACUGAUGAAGACGAGAGCUAUCACGAAGCGCAGGAGGAGGAACAGAACUACGACGAAGACGAAGGCUUCGUAUACCGACCACGAACCAAGAUACGGCGACCUGCCUUGCAAAGUCUACACCGCCCAACACCGUCAGACCCAGAGCCAUGCACGAAGCGAACACCUCCGCCAGAUAACGACUCCGACGACGAACUUGCAACGGCAUUGAUAGCACAGACUCCCCGAACGAAACAGUUACUAGAGAUCAUCAACACAAAAGACGUCAGUCAAAUCAAGCUUCUAAAGGGUGUCGGCGCGAAGAAAGCAGAAGCUAUCGUGAAUUGUCUAUGCGAUCUGGAUGAUAGUGUCACAACUCUUAAUCAGCUUGGAAAGUUGAAGGGUGUUGGAGUAAAGACGGUGGAGAAUAUGCGUACUGGAUUGCAACUUGCAUAG